AUCCUAUGUACGCACAUGUUUACAGGAACUGAUCGUCGCCAAAAUCAAAGACUUCCUGCUGAAUGCUGAUGAAGAGUUCUGUAAUGAGUGGGAUGUGGUAAAGGAAUAUGGUUCUGAAAAAGAAGCUGAAGAUUGAGGAUAACUACAUGCUUUAGUUCAAACCUGUGAUGGAAGAGAGUAUGAGGUGGCAGGACAAUCUCAAUGUUAUCAUCCAAGGGUGACCAGUCACGCAAGCUCGUGUUGCCGGAACUUAAAACUCUGAAGCCUUCAGGUUUCUUGAUGGAUGUUGAGCUUCUGCUUGAAAGGUCUAGUCUGGGUGGGGUGGAAGUAAUGAACCUGGCAUCCGAAGCUGAACUUCUCAUGGAGUUCCUGCUGGAGAGUUCUGAUCUCAUGAAGCUCGAGGUGAAAACAGGAGGGAUUUUGUAGGGUAUGAAGGUGGAGUCAGUGACCUGUUACUCCGAACCUGCACAGAUUAUGAAUUGGGAAAACAAAGGUGAGAUGGCCUUUCAUUAGACAGUGGGGAUUUUAAUCACCAACUACUGUGUGCAAACCUCAGAUUUGUUCUUGACAAUGUAUCCUGGUGGACGAAGCUCUUCCUUUCCAUGUGCAAACUGAAAUAGCAGAGACCAAGAUGGCGAAUUCAAGCUCAAGAACCACACAAAAACUGAAUCAGAAUAAUGGCUAGCAUGAAUCUGAUCUCGGAUUUCGGUAAGCAUGAGGGGUAACAGGCUCACAACAAAAGACUAUGAUCUUGAACAAAGGUCACCUUAAAUUUCCUGGUUACAGUAGACAACAAUCUAGCUUGAAUUAGCACAUUGACGAAAUCAAAAUGUCAUGUUACUGUUUCUCAACUCAAGAACUUAGUUCCAGGAUGGUUCAAGUUGUAAGCAACUUGCCGCAAACUCGGAAGUAUUGAAAGAGAUUCAAGUACUGCAAGAACUUAGAAUGGUCA